CAUUACCACGGUGGAUGCCUUGUCGGGGAGGUGCUUGAUGAUGAUUUCCGUGUUACAGGGAUCAACGCAUUACGCGUCGUUGAUGGCUCCACAUUCCCUUCCACACCAGCAAGCCAUCCUCAGGGCUUCUAUCUGAUGUUAGGGAGGUACGUGGGCUCUAAAAUUCUGCAAGAAAGAUUAGCUUCAGAGGAGGCUCUUCAUAAGUCAACAUUCCAACCCAAAAUCUUAGAGUUGCUUGAGUCAGCAUUAGCCUUUGCUUUUGAAACUUAGUUGAUAAACCCAUGAGUUCUGACUCAAGUGGGAUUAGGCUUAGGCUUAGGCUCCUUCUAUCCGCCAUGGCUUGGUGUACCUCUUUAUUUCAUGUUUAAUAAAUUUUCCUCCGUGAGGUCCUAGUUAUCAUUGUGUACAAC